AUUUGGUCACGUGAUUCCGACGCGAGCGAAGGUCGGGCGCUAGGACCCGGAAGAACCGCAAGGCGCAGAAGACAGCAGCAUGCUAGCUAAUUCUGCUAUCACGGGGAUUCCUGAACCACAUUUACGCUGUACAUGUUGAUAAUUUAAUGAGCAUCUCCUUCUGCAGACUCAGUCAUGUCUCAAGUGGAGAAGAAAGCGGGCCUGCUGAGGAGGACGUCCUCAUCCAAAAAACCUUUGAAGGAGAAGGUUGUUCUUAUGUACGAUGAGAUUUUUGCGAAAGAAGACCCAGGCAAGAACAACCCUCGCUUCUGGGAUGAGUUGUUUCUCAUGAAGGUGAACCUAGAGUACCUAGAGUCCAAGUUAGAGAGCAUCGAUGGAGAGGAAGUGCAGCGUAUCCAAGACAACAUCAACUCUUUGUUUCAUCACUGCGUCCAGGCGCUUGGAGAGGAGCAUCAGAUCAAAGUGGUCAACGCCCUUCAGACUCUCUGUGCACUUUUCCGAGGAGUUCACCAUAAGAACAAAUCGGCGUCUGGCUUUGAUAUCAUCAACAUGCUGAUGGGCUUCGACAAGGCUGAACAGAGAAUGAAGGACCUGAUGGAGAGACUGGACAGCCUUCUUUGUGGAGACGGCUCAGAGAGUCUUAAAAGCCUCUGUCUAAAGUUGUUACUCUGCUUGGUGACGGUCACUGACAACAUCAGCCAGAACACUCUACUGGAAUACGUGAUGAUCAAUAGCAUCUUUGAAGCCAUUCUCCAAGUUCUCUCUGAUGUGUCCAGUAGGGGGCAGCAUGGUUAUGAUGCUGUUGUUCUUCUUGCUCUUCUGGUCAACUAUAGAAAAUAUGAGUCAGUAAACCCGUACAUCGUGAAGCUGUCCAUCGUGGAUGACGAGCCAACGCUAGAUGGCAUGGGUAUGGUCGUCCACUCAGCUCUGGCAGAGUACAACAGGCAGUACAAAGACAAAGAAGAGGAAAACCAAGGAGGAUUCUUCUCCACCCUCACCAGCAUGGUGGGCAGCAUGUUUAUUGCAGAUGCAGACGAGAAACUCUCUGUACAGACGAAUGAGGCGAUUCUGCUGGCUCUGUAUGAGGCUGUGCACCUCAACAGGAACUUCAUCACCGUGUUGGCGCAGAGUCAUCCUGAAAUGGACAUCGCAGCCACGCCCCCCACCCCUACUCCAACCACACCCACAACACCACUUGGCACCACGCCGCCCUCCCUGGACAUGAUGAACAACCCAGAACUGCCGUUGGAUCCCAACCUGCAGACCAGCAACCUUCUCAUCACCUUCCUUAAGUACGCCUCCAUUGUGAUGCAGGACACUAAAGACGAGCAUCGGCUCAACAGCGCCAGACUGUGCCUGAUCAUCCUCACCUGCAUAGCCGAGGACCAGUACGCCGAUGCCUUUCUUCACGACGACAACAUGAACUUUAGAGUCACUCUGCACAGAAUGCCCAUGAGACACAGGAAGAAGACGGUGGGGAAAAACAUUCCAUCGCGCCCGCUGGUUUGUGCUGUUUUAGACCUGAUGGUGGAGUUUGUCGUCACCCACAUGAUGAAGGACUUCCCCAUGGAUUUAUACUUACGCUGUGUGCAAAUCAUCCACAAACUCCUGUGCUAUCAGAAGAAAUGCAGAAUCCGAUUACACUACACCUGGAGGGAGCUUUGGUCAGCACUCAUCAACCUGCUGAAGUUCCUGCUGUCAAAUGAAACCUCGCUGCUGGCCAAGCACAACAUCUUUCACCUGGCGUUGCUGAUAGUGAACCUGUUCAACAUGUUCAUAACGUACGGCGACACGUUUCUGCCCACCUCCAACAGCUACGACGAGCUUUACUACGAGGUCGUUCGAAUGCACCAAGUCUUCGACAACCUGUACUGUAUGGUUUUGAGGGUGUCCACCAACGCAGGCCAGUGGAAGGAGCCCGCCAGCAAAGUCACGCAUGCCCUCGUCAAUAUUCGGGCCAUCGUCAACCACUUUAAUCCCAAAAUCGAGUCGUACGCAGCUGUGAACCACAUCUCCCAGCUCUCAGAGGAGCAGGUGUUGGAGGUGGUGCGGUCCAACUACGACACUCUGACCCUCAAACUGCAGGAUGGUCUGGACCAGUUUGAGAGAUACUCGGAGCAGCCAAAGGAAGCUGCUUUCUUCAAGGAUCUGGUGCGGUCCAUAAGUCUGAAUGUGAGGAAGAACGUCUCUCUGAACACUCUGAGUCAAGACGUUCUGCUCAAAGAGUUCUCCACUAUCUCCUGAAUCAAGCACACACUCACGGCUCCCUUCAGGACCUCCUUCCUGUGCACGUGAACGUCGACACAAGUGUCCUCUCCUCUGAUCACCUCUGAGCUGAAACCAUGGAAACGGGUUUUAUUGGAUGUCAGACUCAGACUCACCUUACAGGAACAAUCUGUCACUUCCAGGAUCGUCCUCCUCGACGGGUCAUAACAACUCUAGACUCUCUCCAGACUUCCAUCUGUUGGCGGUCGUACGCGCGCGCUAAGGAAGCUCCCAUGAUGCACUGCUCACUCAGCAGUUUUGGCUGGACUGUUAACUGACAUGUAAAUGUUUGAUUCAUCUGAUUUUUUUUAGUAGAACAAGUGAAUUUGGUGUCGCACUAACCACAGCUGAUGAUUAAAACCUUCCUGUUAACAGUUUGACUUCCUGACCUACUCGUCUGACGUCUGGAUGCUCGCCGAGUCAGAAUAUGUGUGUUUGCUAAGACAUAGGACAUUUUAGGCGUUAGGCUGAGGAGGUUUUGACGUGUUUGGUAGUUUUAAACGUCCCGACACACAGAAUACAAAGUCCCCAGUGUUCAAGUUAGUUCUCUUUAUUUUAGCCAAUGAAAUAAGUGGAGCUGAAGCUGCAGGAGUGUCUCCGGCACAAACGCAGCCAGGUGUUAGUCUCCUCCUCAUGUAAACUCUUCAUUUUCUGGUGGAAGCUGUUCUGAAUUAUGCAAAGUUAUCACGUGUUAAUGAUUUCUGUCCUCUAACUCAUGUUGGUGUAUUUGUUAUUUUUAGUAAAGUUUUUUUCCUGCUGUA